AUGGCAUCAUCAACAGCAAUAACAACAGCAACAACAACAACGUAUGAACAGAUCUUGCGUACAUUACCCAAAUCAUUCGUUCAUUCCAAAUUAUUUCGAAUUGUCGUACAGAUACUUGCAUCAUCAACUUCUUUUGAUGAUGAACAAUCUACGCUUCCUGAAUUAGAGUUUAUUUUUAACCAAACAACAGCGCCAUUUCUUCACUCGGAGCAACCAUCAAUGAACAAUAAUAUAAUUAAUGGAACUAAUGAAAUGCUAUCAAAUAUUACCACUGGAUAUAUGCAACAACAAAUGAGUCAUCCAAAAUUUAUAUGUAUGAUAGCAAUUGGAAGUAUAUUUGCUUUUUUAACAACAGGUGGCAAUUUAAUGGUUAUGAUAAGUUUCAAAAUUGACAAGCAAUUACAAACAAUCAGUAAUUAUUUCUUAUUCAGUCUUGCUGUUGCUGAUAUUGCCAUUGGAAUAGUAUCGAUCCCAAUAAUGACAUAUUAUAUGGCCGCUGAUACUAUUUGGGGCUUAGGUUAUGCAAUGUGUCAAUUUUGGUUAUGCCUUGAUUAUAUGAUGAGCAAUGCAUCCGUGCUCAAUUUAUUGUUAAUUUCAUUUGAUCGAUAUUUCUCUGUUACAAGGCCAUUAAGUUAUCGACCAAGAAGGACUGCAAAGAAGGCAUUUUUGAUGAUUGCUAGCACUUAUAUUGCUUCAGCAAUGCUUUGGCCACCAUGGAUUAUUAGUUGGCCGUAUAUUGAAGGUCGAUUUACUGACCCCGAUCGUUGCGUUGUGCAAUUUAUUGAAACGAAUCAAUUUGCAUCUAUUGGUACAACAAUUGCAGCAUUUUGGUUGCCUCUUGUAAUUAUGAUUAUAUUAUAUUCACGAGUAUAUUAUGAAACAAAAAAACAGCAAAAACAUAUGUGCCUUUUGCAAGCAGGCCAGAAUCAGCGUAAGAAGGGCGAGAAUAAAAUGAAAUCAAACAUAUUAACAAAUUUGAGAAAAAAUUCAUUUGGUCAACGACCAAUAAAUUCGUCGUCAAAUUAUUUACCAAAGAUAAUGAAAAAUCAAAAUUGUUGUAUGAGGAUUUGUUAUGAAAAAAUAACUGGUAGUUCAAUAGAUGAAAGUUACGGUGGUAUUCAUCAAAUUGGUCCAGAUGAGGUAUCAUCAUCCAGCAGCAAUUACACCAGAUAUUACUGUGCUCAAAAUCGUUUAAAACGAUCACCACCGGCGAGCUUGGAUAAUCAAGAAAGUAAUAAUUUAUUACCUGAAACAAUAUCAACAGCAGGAAGUCAAAUUACUCGUAAGGAUGAAUCUUCAACAUAUACUACUUUAAUUGAAUUAAAAGAUAAUGAGAAAGAACAAACACAUAUGCGUCUUUCAUCAUGGAAUUCAUAUAUUUCCGAGCGAUCACGCUUUGUUGUGGACAAAAUAGAAGACGCUCGUAAAAAUGUGAUUUCACAACAAAUUUUAAAUGGAAUAGCUGUGGCAAACAAAUUAUUGAAUGAACAACGAAAAAGUGAGAAGGAACGUCGAAAAAAUGAAAAAAAACAAGAAAGUAAAGCAGCAAAAACACUUUCUGCCAUUUUAUUAGCAUUUAUUAUCACUUGGACGCCUUAUAAUGUAAUCGUAUGCUGGGAAGCAUUUUACAAAGAUUCCAUUCCGGCAGUAUAUUUUCAUAUUGCAUAUUUUUUAUGCUACAUUAAUUCAACGAUAAAUCCAUUCUGUUAUGCCUUUUGUAAUCCACGAUUUCGUCUAACUUAUAUGCGAAUUUUAACGGGCAACUGGAAACGGCAACAUCACGCUGGUUUAAAUAAAAUGGCAUUUUUCAAUCGAAGCUGA